UUCUGUGAUGGAAGAUGUAGAUUUCACCUCGUAGUUUGCAAAAAUAGAACACUAUUUUGACAGACUAUAGUUAACACCACUAAAGAUGCGCAAUUUACAUUAUAGAAUUAAGGUUGUUAUUAUCUGUGCUUUUGGCGGCACGGGAGGGGGUCGGCAGCAACAUCUCUUGCUGCUCUGUACGAUGUUGUUUGUGCGAAUGGAAAGAAUCUCAUGUCAGUUUUGGGAGAAGGGCAGCCACUAUCAUUGCCCAUAAACAUGGCACAACAAGGUGCAGCUCUGCAGAUAUGUAAUCUGGAACUAGUGAAAGGUGGGAUUGAACAUAUGAAGAGGAAGUGCAGUGAACUGCAGCAACUGAUUGAUGAGCAAGAAGAGGAAAAGGCCACUCUGCAAAGAGAGAUUGAGAAGAUGUCAUACAAACUGACCCAGCUUAAUGACAGUCUGUCCCGGAAGGUAGCUGCAAAGAGAGAAUAUGACCGAACCAUUUCAGAGACUGAAGUUGCAUAUUCAAAGAUCCUCGAGAGCUCCCAGGUUUUACUGAACAUGGUGCAAAGAGAAGCAUCCUGUUUGGAGCACGUAAUGGUCAAGAAAAUUAAUGCCGAGGACACUUUUCCCUCAUGUAUGUUUAGGUAGUCAAAAAAGGCUUUUGCCUAUGCUGAACAUUAAGAAAAGUUAUGGUCAUGGGGUUAUAUGACAAAAAUGUAUACAUUGAUGAUGAACAUUUGAAAAAAUUAUGAUCUGUUGAGGUUAUUUUGUCUGAAAAGGAAAAUAACAAUUUGGUGACCAGCUCAUGAACCAUUACAGGUUGAAAUUAUGAAAAAUUAUAAUUGUGUAUAAAUAUUCAGAUUGAACUUGUACAUGUUAAAUGCCAUUGCUAUAAACUUCUGACAUGCUUUGCAAAUGUAAGUACAAGAACUCUCAUUAUUAGCUACCUGUAAAAUUUAUGAAUCAUAACGUGUGAAAAGGCAUAAAUAAUCAACAAAAUAAGUAAAAUUUUAUAAAUUA